AGGGAACAACCAAAUAAUAAUAAGAAAUAAAAAUAAAUAAUAAGAACCCAGCUCAAAGAUCUGCGUAGAAGGAGCAGAAGACCCCGAAAGCCAACCAAAGAAAACGAUACCAACUCCCACCAAAACCAGCAACAGUAACGUUCCAAUUCUGCAAUAUAGUCAGACUCAGAUUGGUUUUGGAAAGCUUUGAAUCGUAUAGAAAAUUUGACCUUUUUCAAACAAGUUUAUCGCAUAAUUGAUAAUUGGUGGUUUACACUGAUCCUACCUAUUUACUACUCAAUUCUGCAAGCGAGCUAUGAUACUUGCAGUCUUGUUCGCCAACUCGGAAGGCAACAUCCUAGUUGAACGUUGGCUGCAUUGGCGAUCUUUCCUAGUCAAACUAGGGGCAGAAAAUCUUAGGGGUGUGAAAAAUGAAGAGCUCCUUGUUGCUUGCCACAAGUCAGUUUACAUUGUUUACACUGUGCUUGGGGAUGUCAGCAUCUAUGUUGUGGGCAAGGAUGAGUAUGAUGAACUAGCCUUGUCAGAGGUGAUCUUUGUGAUAACAUCAGCUGUGAAGGAUGUAUGUGGGAAGCCUCCAACUGAGCGCCUUUUCCUGGAUAAGUAUGGAAGAAUUUGCUUGUGUCUGGAUGAAAUUGUUUGGAAGGGGUUGCUGGAGAAUACGGAAAAAGACAGAAUCAAGAGACUAAUAAGGUUAAAGCCUCCUACUGAGUUUUAAAUCAAGCUUCCAAGUGAGCGUUGAACCAAAAGCUUCUUGUUGUAACAGCGGCACUGCUGAAUUCAUGCCCAGUAUGUUGUCCAGGCUUUGUGACAGCCAUUAUGUUUUCAAACUUCUAGUUCUUGCAUUUUCGGUGGGGAGAAGAUAAUAGGAAAAUAGUAAAUACCCGCAUUUUUCAAUAUUCUGAACAUAAUGUUAAGUCAGUUCCUUGUUUUGAAAUAUGUUAUACUAUCUGCCUAAGAAUAUAAGAAAGCUAUUUUAGGAACUCUCUAAAAAA